CUUCGAGAUUUCCGGCGCUUCGACGCGUAUUGUUUUGCGUAUUUUCAUACGCUCUGUUCCUUUCUCUUGCCGUUUGUCCUCCGCCCUCCUACUCUUCUCUCGAUUCUCGUCUUCGCGCUUUAUCUGUUGAUUCUCUUCACCAUUCCUGCGAGGCUUCUGCUGUCCUCGCUCUUCUCCUCGCUGCCGGCGUCGCCAUCUCGCCUCUGCCUCGCUGAGUAGAGCUUCUUCCUGCUCUCCGCUCUUCUCUCUGAGAGAGCAGCAGUCUCGCGGCUUCGGCGGGAGAGCGCGGGCAAGAAGAGACCGGAGCGGCGCAGCCUGGCCUUGUUGACGAGUGAAGAGCGAAAAAGGCAACGCGGGAGACGCGCCCUGUGUCUCAGUGUGCGAAAGUCGGGUGUACAACCACCGGGGAAAUCCCAAGUCCUUCUCGCGGUACAAGAGAGGAGGCCGGUCCUGCAGUGUAGUGUCGGCAGCUUCUGCCUCGGAUUCUUUUUCAAGGCGGGCAAGGAAAGAGAGAGAGCAGGCGCGGCGUCUCUAGGCGUUUGAGCAGAGAUGCCCUGUGCGUCUUUUUUCGGGGAAAGGAAGGUCGUUUUCCUCUCUUUCCUCCCUUCUCGAAGCCAAGUCCGCCGGCUGUCUUGUCGCUCUUCUCGCUGGCUGCGCCGCGUCUAGCGAGAGCGGCUCGAGUCGAGGCGUAAAAACUGCAUGCGUUCUUCCUUGUCUCGCUGCCCGAUUUCGCGAGGAAAGAGCGUCGGUGAAGUACUUGUUUUCCGAGUUCGUUUUCUUCCCUGGGGUGCGCUGUGAAAAUUCCUUUUUUGCGGUAGAAAACUCAUGUCGCGUUUCAAGCCGACUUGGGGUCCUUCUGCGAGGUGGGGAGAAGGAGGAAACAUUUCAGCGGUGCGAAUUCCUCCGUUGUGAAUGGAUAACGUUCCCUCCUUUUCUCCCUUUUUCCGGGGAGAAGAAACGAACGACUACGCAUGCUUCUUCUCCCCGUUCUCCCCACCCUCUUGAGGCUCCUCUCUUCUCGCCGUUUUCUCUUCCUGACGACCUCUUCUGUUCUGCAUCUCUCCACUCUCCACGUUGGCAUCUUCCUUCUCGUUUCGCGUUUCCUCCCCUCUCCCUCCCGGUGCGUCGCCUUCUCGCGCCGUCCCUGUCUUCGUUGUCGUCCUUGACCGGGCCUCGUGAAUGUAAACUCUUAGCUUUUUCUUUUUCUCUUUGUCGUCGUCUUUUCCUUCGCUGCCUGGAACUGUUUAAGAGAGCUCUGUGUUCCCUUUCUUCCUUUUUUUGUUUCCUGGACGCUCGUCUUCCGUUCCCCCUGUCUUCCUCUCCUCCUCCACCGCUCUCGAUUUCCGUCGCUUCCUCGCUCCUCCGUCAAAGUAAACUGUGCUUCUUGGCUUCUUCUUCUUCUGCUCCUCUCCCUCUCCUCCCCGUCUCUCCCUCUUGGUGUCUCUGCUCUCCACUUCCUCGCGCUCGUACCAAGACUCCGCUCCUUCGCGUUGCUUCUUCUUCUGCCCCGUUUUUCUUCGCCAGUGUCCGAGCAUGGCGAAUCGCACAGAUCCACUCGCGCAGCAGGUCCACGGCUGCAAUCCGCAGACGCUGGUGUCGCGGAUCAUUCGCCGAAAGAUCUACGAAAGUGCCUUCUGGAAGGAACAGUGCUUCGCGUUGACAGCAGAGACCGUUCUCGAGCCCUGUGUUGGGUUGACGUACGUUGGGGGAACGUACGGCGGGAAGCGGCAGCCUGCGCCGUUUCUCUGCUUGGUGUUGAAGCUGCUGCAGAUUCAGCCAGAGCCGGAGAUCAUUCUCGAGUUCAUCAAGCAGGAGCAGUUCAAGUAUCUGCGCGCCGUCGGCGCCUUCUACCUGCGCCUCGUCGGCCGCGCCUGCGAGGUGUACACGCACCUCGAGCCGCUGCUCGCGGACUACCGGAAACUGCGGCUGCGCCUGGCCGACGGGAAGUUCACGAUCGUUUGCAUGGACGAGUUCGUGGACGACUGCUUGCGAAAAACGAACUUUCUCGACGUCGACUUGCCUGUUCUCCCGAAGCGCGAAGUACUGGAGAGCGAAGGCGACCUUCCGCCUGCGCGCCUCACUGCCCUCGAGCACGACGUCGAAGUAUACGCGCCGUCGGGUGUGUCAACGGCGGAGGGCGUCUCCGAGCGCGAUCAGCAGCUCUGGCUGCUUCAGAAGGAGCAGCUGAGGAAGGAACAGAAGCAGCUGCAAAGACGCGUCCUCCAGCAACGCAUGAAGCAGAAGCAGCAGGAACAGGAGCAACUUCUGCUGCAGCAGGUGCGAGAACUCGAAGCAGAAAACGGCGUCGCCGAGCAGUCGGAAGGCACGCGAAAGGAAGACUCCGGAGAAGGCUGGUGGAGAGAGAAGAGGGAACCUGGAGACCGAGACAGGGAAAGAGACCGAGACAGAGACCGAGACAGGGAAAGAGACCGAGACAGAGACCGAGACAGGGAAAGAGAUCGAGACAGAGAUCGAGAGAGAGAAAGAGAGAGAGAGAGAGAAAGAGAGAGAGACUACGGUGGGGAUCGGAGAUUGCGGAGGAGAGAGGAGGGAGACAAGCGGGAGACGUGGAACAGUGGUCGUUCGCAUGGGGGAAGAGAAGCUGCUUACGAAGCGCGAGAACGCCGAGGGCGCGUCGGCAGUCGGAGUCCGACGCCAGUCGUGAAGAGAGAGAAGGAGAGGCGAGACGAGGACGAGGACGAACGCAGAAGGAGGAGACGCGAAGAAGAGGAGAGAGAGCGGCGGCGAGAACGGAGACGCUGGGAAGACGACGAGCGCGAGAGGAGACGCCGAGACCGACGAGAAGAACGCGAAGAGGAGGGAGACCGAAAACGCAGAAAACACGAAGACGAGGAGAGGAAACUCCGAGACAGACCAGACGACAGAUACAGCAGCCGCAGCAAACAGGUGAAAGAGCGAGGCGACGAGGACCGGAGACACCGCAGAGACGCCGAGCAGCCGAGCGGCGACAGAGCCGAGAAGAAAGCGCCAGCCUUCAGCUUGGAGAAGAACGCAUCUCGCGAGAAGAAGGGAGAUGACGACUCGCUCUCUGUCCAGGCAUGGGAUGCUCUCCGAGCGGAACUCGGCCUGAAACCUCUGAAAAAGUGAAGCGCGCAGAGCAGAGCGAAGAGAGCCGAGAAGGAGAAAGGCUCGAGAGGGAGACAGAACGAGGAGCGGAGCAGAGACAGAGAGAUGAAAGAGAGACUCCCAGACAGACAGCAACACGGCAGAAGGCGAGCGAGAAAUACAGGAGAGGAGAGAACAGAUGACAGGAAAGGAGAAAACAGACGACAGGAAAGGAGAAAACAGACGACAGAUGCAAAGACGAGAGCUGAGGGAGAGUGGGGGGAGCGAUGAGAGUGAACAGAAAAGAGGGAGAGCGAGAUCAUCGUGUGGAGAAAAGUUGAGAGCCGACGAAAAGAAAGAGAGCAACUGUGUGGCGAACACGGGAGGAGAGAGAACUCGCGCGGACAUGCUGACGAGAGAAAGAGAGCAGGAGAGAUAAUAAGGAAGGGAUCGACUGGACUUUUCUUCGUCCAUCUGGCAACAAGAGACCCAGUGGCGUCUCCCCAUCAAGCCGGCCGAACGGCUUCUGUGUGUUCUCGUGCGUGUGAAGCUCAAGGCUGUACUUCGCGUGGUGAAGUGUAGGUUUUUUAAGUUCGUCGAAAUUCCACAGUUCAAUGGAGAGAGUCCCCAUUCUUCUCUGCAGUGCAUGGGUUGUUUGCGGCGCGAGCCUGUCUUCCCUUGGCUCAACUGUAAAGGCGAGUGUACGAGCGAGUGUUGGCGAGACAUGCCUUCGUUUCCAACUUGCAUUUCCACCUCUCUUGUCUCCGUCGCGCUGUCCUCUCUUCUCCCUGUUUCCCUACAACUCUUCUUUUCCUCCCGAACCGCCUUCGCGUGACUCUGCCGUCGUCUAAGCAGGUCCGCCGUGGUUGAGAGACGCGGACUGAGCGGAGAGGAUACGCUCUGGAAAAAAAGAUCCUUCGCCUUCGCCUAGAGUUUCCACACAACCAGAUCUGCUUCCUCGCCAGGAGAACGAGAGUUCACUCAUGCAGGCG